ACGCGCGGCCCCGCCCGCCCGGGGCUCAGCGCCGGGGACAGCGGCGGAGCGGAGGCAUCAGCGCUGCCGGCGGUGCCCGGGGUCCUGCGGCGCGGCUCCGCGGGCGGCAGGUGAUAUUAACCAGCGCUGAUGUGCCCAGCAGCGUCUGUGUGCAUGUUCAGUGUCUUUCCAGGCAUCUCCUCUGUCCUUUUCAAUAGAAGAGAUAUUUGAAAGAAUUUCAUUCCAGUGAAGAAAAAAAAUGCAGAUACCAAGAAAGACAUCCCACUCAAAGUAGAGUUCGUAGUGGUGCAAGAUGUAGAAUAUCAGCAUCAAACAGUUUGAAACAGUUAUUAGAUUCCUGUCUGUCCUUGUGCUCCCACGUGGAAUACAUCACUAAUACAAGAUGCUCAGCUUUUGUCAUGCUGCAGCUCCACAGCAAGGCUUUUAAGGGGUGAAGAUUUUGGUGUGUGGCUGAAAGAACUGGUGCUGUGGACAGCUGUGUAGUGCUGAGGGCUGGCCUUAUUCUUAGAGGCUGUAAAAAAAAGAAAGAGAGAAAAAUUAGGUUUUGUGUACACUACUGUGAUUUCUGCAAGAGCCCUUUUCUUGUCUGCAACUACAGAGAAAAUAUUCCCAGGAAACACGGGACUGGAGCCUGAACCUGUUUGACUCCCAGCACCUGCUGCAGAAUGUGGGGCUGCUGGUGGUACUUCAAAGUGCUGUGUUCAGAAGGUCUGGACCAGCUGGCAGAGGGUAUUUCAGCCGCUUCGUUGGGAAACAUGAGAAAAAAAUAAACGUGAUGUGAAAACAAGCAUGAGAUCAAGAAGGAUCUUUGUGAUCUACGAUCUGACUGCUCCCUAAUACAAAUCAGAAGACUUCACAACACUAACAGCUCUUCUACUCAAGUACAGGUGACCAAACUGCUGCCUAGAUAGCCAGUCCAGAUUUGGAAAUUUCCAGUGAUGCUUUUUAUCUUGCUGCAUCCUCGUCUGCUGGAUCAGAGGGAUCUCCUUCAUGGUUUUGUUUUUGAUGUAGACAGAUUGACAUUACAUUUUACCUUCUUGUACCUUAAACAGAAUAAUCUGGGCUCCUUCCCUUCCUUAUCCCAAGGGCUCUGACUCAGCCACAGGAACAGUGCUUCUUAGGGGCUUGUCCCCUAUUGCCCAUUCCCUCUCCUUUUAUCAACAUGACAAGAAACUGAGCUGCCACCCUUUGAUAACCCUGCUGUGGAGGUGUUUCUAGUCCUGGUUGUAAUUCACAGUGGGGGUAGCUGCUACAGUGGGGGUGGGAAUGUCAGGCAUAGCAAAAUAACUCAGGGAUCAUAGAUGUCUUCUGAUCAUUAAUCAUCAUUCUGCCUGACUGCUGAGCACAAGAAUGGGACACAGAUUUCCAGUGGCAGAGAUUUCUGUGACAGAGACAAAAGUAAAAUAACCUCACUCCUAUGUCAGCCAAGGCUGACCUAGUCCUUUAGGCUUUGGCAUCACACUGAAGACUGACGUCAGCUUAUCAUCCACUGGAGUUUAAGCAAGGCCAGAGCUGGAUCAGCUUGAAGAAAAAAAGAAGCCCAACCACAAAUCUUUGCCCCUAGCUUUGUGUUAUUUUUAAAUGUUAUUUGCAAGUCAUCCCUUUCUCAAGUCAGUAGGUACUGAGCAUGGAACUACAGCCAGGAACUUUGGGAAUCUAAACCCCAAUCAACUUCUGUCUCCAGGCUUGUAGUAGAUUAUCCCAGCAGUGAUGCUUUUGGUUUCUCUGUGUUUCCAGGCCUGUUUUCAUCACUUCUGGGAGCAGAAUCUCACUGUUGUUCCAGGGGCUCAUUAGAAUCAGUCAGGUGAUUUUAGGAUUUCAUAGAUGCAAAACUUGAAGUUUUACUGCUGAUUUUCAGAGAAAAAUGUUAGAUCAUAUUGUACCUCCUGGAUGAAUUUACUACAAAGAGUGAGUUUAUCCUAUAGCAUAAAUUCAUUCCAUUUACCCAUAAAGGCAUUUUUAAAAUACCCGGAAUGAAAGCUUACAUGAAUUUCUGUUUUCCAGUAUGUCUGCUAAUUUAGGCAUACAUUUUUGAUGGCAGGUGAGAUGGCAAUCUAUAAACAUUCUGUUCCCAGCCCUCCUGCAGAGCUGACAAAGACAUUCUCUGCACAGUGAUCUAGAAGUAGUCUGACUUCUGGGGUAUACCGAAUCUUGGGUUUUUUUAAAUUCCAUUUUAUGUGUCUUCUGAUCACCUGGGAAGAUUUAUUUUCUAUAAUGCAAAAAAAUAAUCUCAAUUGUUGCGUUCCGCAAAGCCCCAUAGAGCCAACUGAUCACAUUCUUAGGUGUUAAGGUGAUACAAUUAAAAGUUUUGUGUGUGGGAGAUGUGCAUAAGUGUGAGUGUAUGAGACAUAAAUGGUUGAUCUAAAGUUCUGCACAAAAUUUCAAAACAAACCAGGAAAAUCUUAGAUCUGUGGGAAGACCAGGAUCAUAUUGCCAAAUAUAAAAAUGCUCAACUUUUUUUAUAGCAUCUGUUCAAGUUAAACAAUUUCCCCAGCAUUGUGGGGGCUACAAAUUAUGAUAAUUCUGUUUCUUAGUUUUCUGUUAAAGAGAUGACUCAGUUACUAGGUAGAAGCUUAAUUACUGGUCACGUGCAUUCUUUUAAAUACAAAUGUUCAUGUAAAUGUUCAACAGAGCUCUUCAGAGAUGUUAAAGCAUUAUUCAGUGUAUUCAGAUUUGUACCUAAAUACUUCAUGAAUACUUGGCACAGUCAGUUUCUUAAAUGUUAUGAAAUCUGAGAACCAUUAAUCCUGCGUCUUCCAUAUUCAUGGAACAGGAUUUGUCUGCCUCAAUGCAUGUUUAAUUAUGUGGCUUUUACUUAGGCAGCUUCCCCAUAGAUAACAGUUUCACGUGGUAUUACUGUUAAUUUUACUUGAAUGAGGAGCAAAAAAUGGAGCCCUCAUAUUUGUACAAAGAUUUGUGAAGAUUUAUGUUGUUUUCACUGCACAAUCAGGAGACUUCUGUGGUUCCCAAUUCCCUCCCUAACAAAGUCAUCUUAAUAAUAAUUUUGCUUUAAAUGCACUGUAUGUACUGUAUUUUUCCAAGCUUGGCAACACUGAAUAUUGCUAAAUUGCUAAGGUUUGAAUCAUUUUGACAAAUUUUGACAUAAUUUGAUUAAUUUUUUUAAUAUCCUUGCAAUGGUCAGUAAAUCAGAAGAUGCUCAAAAUGAGAAAGGCUGAAACCAAUAUAGCUGUUGUUAUACCGGACAAGUGCAGUGUUCCUGUUGCAGUUGUCUCUAAUCUGGUCCCUUAAAUUGGUCAACUUCUUUUUUAGUCCUUUAUUCUCAUGCAUUUGGACCCAAACUAUUGUCUUCUGUUUGUUUCUAGCAUUGCAGAGGAAUGUUAAAUUCAUCCAGCAAGCUGUGCUUGUUUACUCCCUUCUUAUAAAUUUUAAUACUAUUUCAUUUUCCGGUAGCUUUGAUUUGUUAUAUUUAAAAUUGGACACUGAAAAUCAAGAUUAGAUUAGAUACAACAAAAAUUCUGUUAGUAGAAUUGAUGUUCAGGACAGUAGUAGAGAUCUUCAAAUGGCAUUUAAGCCAGUUGGAAGUAACCCUUUUUAUGAAAACACUGCCAAUUUUUUUCUGCUUGGUAAGAAAAAGACACUUUUUCAGACUUCUCUCUCAUUUUAGGCUGGGAAUGGAGUGCGUGGAUGUCAGCAGGGGGACAUUUUGCCAAAACAAAGCAUCCACGGCACUGUUGUCUAAUCAAUGACUUCUAAGUGCAGGAUUGGUGCUGUUAGAUUGGAAACAGGUGCUACAAGAUGCCAAGCGAAGUGCUUGAGACCAGCAGCGGGAUGGAGGAGACGGUGCAGAAAGACAGCAAGUCUGGAGGCCAGAGCCCUCGCUCUGGCACAAUGAGAAGGGCUGUGGCAACCACUGUCACCUUUGAUGGGGAAGCCACUAUGGACCGGAGGAAAAGGAAGAAAAAAGAGUCCCGUCCCGAGUCAAUAAUAGUGUAUCGGUCAGAGAGUGACAAUAAGGUGGAAGAAGAACAGGCGGAUGAAGAAGGAGGGGAGAGGAGCUCUGAGGAAGGCUCCAAGUUCCUGGGUCAGUCUAUGGCAGAUGGUGUCUGGAACAUGCCUUUAGACAGCCGAUAUGUCACCCUGACUGGAACAAUCACCAGGGGAAAGAAGAAGGGUCAGAUGGUGGACAUCCAUGUCACGCUGACAGACAAAGAGCUGCAGGAACUGGCUAAGUCAAAGGAACCUCCUAAAGAGGACGUACCUGAGAAGAAGAAAUGUGAUGUUGGGUUGGACAGAGGACCCCACGUUGUCCUCUGGACCAUCAUCUGCCUCCCCAUCAUUUUUGUAGUGUCCUUCGUGGUUUCUUUCUACUACGGAACCAUUACAUGGUACAACAUCUUCUUGGUGUACAAUGAAGAGAGGACCUUCUGGCACAAAAUCACCUUUUGUCCCUUUUUGAUUAUCUUCUAUCCAAUUAUAAUUAUGGUGGUUUCUUUUUCCCUAGGCCUGUAUUCAGCUGUGGCCCAGGUAGCAUGGUCCUUUGGGUACUGGUGGCGUGCUGUCAGGGAUAUGGAGAAGGGCUUCUGUGGCUGGCUCUGCAGCAAGCUGGGCUUGGAAGAUUGUUCUCCGUACAGCAUUGUUGAGCUGCUAGAUUCUGACAAUAUCUCAGGUAGUCUCUCUGGCAAGAGCUCUGCGCAGGGUGUUGAGACCUCAGCAGUUUGAGCCUUUGUCCUGGAUGACUAUGUUGGUCAUGUGGGAGUGGUUUUCACCUAAAAAAUAACACACUGAUUUUCUUUUUUCAAAUAUAUAUAUAUAUAUAUUUAAACACAAACAAUGAAUAAAAUAUUGGGCUGGGAGCGCUCUUUAAAUGUCACAGAAUGCAGGAAUGCUAGCUUCACGUGCUCUGGGUGGGGAGGUGCAUGGCUCUCCAAGGAAUUGUCAUCUGUUGUAUCUAAUUACAGCUUCUGGGAAUGGUAAGAAAAUCCAGAUUUGCAGGGCUCAGGCUGUUUGUGGAGUGGCAGAGGUACAUGAUGCAAAGUCUGCUUCUGCCACAUUAGACUUUACUUUUCAGAAUUAGGGCGUAACAGUGACCCGCUGACCCAGAAAAGAAGUCUCUGUUCAGGGGAUGAACUUCAGGAGGUAGGACUCCAUUCAGAGGUGAAGGCUAAAUUGCAAAAUAUGUGAUGUUCCUGCAGUUUUCCUAGAAACGGUGUUUUUCCAGUCCUUCCAACAAGUGCAGCUAACUUAGGUAGGCUGACUGCUUAGACAGAGUUUGACAAACAGACCACUGGAAUAGUUAUGCCCAGCCUUUCACUGGGAGAGGAAAGCAGAGCUGCCAGCAGUGGCCUGUGAGCUCUAUGCUGACCUGAAACACCCCCAUCACACAAAGAAAGAGCAGGGCUUGCUUUGUAAGGCAACACGUGGGGACCUGAUGAGCCUGUCACCAAGCAGCUUGAGGUAGCUGUAGGUGCAUAGAUGGGUGCUUGGGACACACCUGCAUUUGGUCUCUGGGUAGGUGCACUGCUAGGAAGGAUUGAGCUAUGGGAGUGGUACACAAUGUGCACUGCAAACAGUUGCAUUAUGGGGAAGAAACACCUGCUCUGAAGAACAAUGAUCAGUUUGCAUCUCACUGCAAUGCAGGUGCGGACUGACAGCGCCUGGAUUUAGGGAGGUGGAGUUGAAGGUACUUGGGAUAGGAAGGUCUCACUGAAACAAGUUAUUCUGGUUUUCAGGUUGCUCUUAUGGAAGAGCUGUGGGACCUCCCUUUCAGAAUAGGAGCCUUUCAGAGCCUAUGUCUAUUAGUGCCUCAGCUCUGGAAAUCUGUGUCCACUUCUUCCCUCCCCUCUUCCUGGUUAGUUAUAUGGAAGAGCAAUGGAUCAUACAUCCUCCUCCCCUCAAGUCUCAUUUUCAUAAUUGGUUUCCCUUUGUUUGGGACUUUGCAUGUCAUCGUGGGCUUCCUGACCAGGCUGAUGUGGCCGCUAGUGCCUGGAGAAAUUUUAAUAGUCUCUUUAAAGAAAUGACUAGCAGAAAAGUUCUUUUUACUGCACUGACUGUUGGGGUUUUGGCCUAUGAAGGAUGUGAGAAAAGUAAAAGAGAGUUAUAAUGGAUUCUAAUGGGGACAGAGUUACAUAUCUGAAAUGAUUUAUUUUCUGAGUGCUGUCAUUCAGCUGGUGCUGCUAGAAAGUCUAUCUGAGCCCCAACCCAGAGGAGCCCACCAUUUGCAUGUGUGUAGGUAGGUAAGUCAUGGUGUGCAGUCUGUCAGCUGCACAGCCACUCAUGUCUGUGUAGAUGUUUCACUUUCCCAGUCUCCCUCCCAGAUGGAGAGCUGCUCUAGUUUUAGGAUGGUAAAAAGAAGCAUUCAGAAGCUGGAUUUCACAGGAACUAAUGCUUUGUGUUGCAUUUUAAGGAUGACCUCAAGGCUACACUGUCUGUCUGUCCUGAUUAGAACAUCUGGGAACUAGUGAUGUAUAAAUGAGUCCAUCCGAUCCUCUAGGCCUGACACUGAGAAAUAAGUAGUUCCUGCUGCAUUCUUGGUCCCUAAAAGGCAUGGCCAAAGGAGCCUCUUAGCACUGGCUAGAGGAUUAACAAUGUGAAUAGUGUACAAGCCCAAUAUCAAGGACAGGCUUGGCCCAACACUUUAUUGACAAAGCAGAGGUGCUCCCUGGUGCAGGUACAGCCAGGCUGUGUUUGCUUCUUCCUACUUUCAGUUUUUACUGGUGAAGUCUUUCAAGGCAAUGAUCAACUUCCAUGAAAAAAAAAAAAAAAAAGACUCCCACCUGUGAGACAAUGUCAGGUAGUUCAGUGGGGUUCAAAGAGGCUGACUUACGCUGGGGACUGGUUCAAGCAGUGAAAUGCCUUUCACACAUCUGUCAGGUUGAUAUGCUUCUGAAUUAGCUGAGGGCAAGUCAUGCUAGUGCUGACAGUCUAGUGAUCCAGUGCAUCCACUCUGCUUAGUACUGCUCCACAUGGAAAUCACAGGCUCCCACAUGGCUAGAGGGUGGAAAGAAGUGAUGCUUAACAAGCAUUAAGGAGAAGGAAGGUCCACUGGCAAGUGUUCUCACGCUUUGCCUGAAGGGACACUGCUGGCAUAAAAAGAGUGGAUUGUGUAUCUUGGCCCCAACAUGCAGCAGACAAGUUUGGGGAAAGGAUGGCUGGCAAGUGUGCAUUGCUGUGGAGGGAGAAAACCCAAUUCAGCUGUCACUGCCAAACAGCAGCUGUUCAAGGCUAGAUGAAAGGCUGGGGUCAGUAGCACAAAGAGCCUUUAGCUUACAGAGGGCUUGAAUGAUAAAUACUAGCUCAUUACAGAAUACAGCCAUGUGAAAUGUCUGCUGAGCUGCAGGAUUUGCUUUCAGGAUUGCAAAUAGCCCGCUGGAGUGGAGACAAAACCAGAUCUGUGCCUCUUACUGCUAUGUAGACACAAAGGAGUGUCAGAGGAGUCAGAGUACCCUCCCUCUGCCAUGGCAGCUGUGCUUCUGGGUUUGGAGGUCCCCUUUGGGGGGAUGUACUGGGACAAUCCAUAAUGUGUUUUCUACUUGUUUAUACUUAACCAAGCUUGUCUUGGCUCCUGCUAAAGUCAAGGUGUUCUGUCACUGAUUUUUGUGGGGGCUAUUUUAAGCUUGGGGUUAGUUCUGGUGCUAUUUGUACAAUUCAAACUUUUCUCCAAACAACUCUGAAUAGCUUUCUCUCUUGCCCAUUGUCCUCUUGUAGCAGUUUGCCUGAUGCAAAAUAAUCGUUUUUCAAUAUAAUUUUCAAUUAUUGUAAUAGAAAAAAGCACAAAUUCUUGUCUUGUUCUAUCCGCUUUCAGAAACUCACAAGUAACUUCUGCUUAUGUGCCACUGUCCAACUGCAGGAAAUUCCAGUUACUCUGAUUGUCGAGUGUGUUUCUGGCUGCUCUAGUCUGGAUUUUUUUUUUUAAAGUAAAGGUAGUGUGUGUUUGCUGAUUUUUAUUUUUAAUUGCAUUCCCUUUUCCCAUCCUUGCUGGCCUGGGUGGAGAAUAAAGAUGUAUGUGGCUUUACAAGA